GUUAUCGAAAACAAAGUUGAAACUCAAAUGCUUUUGGGUUGAAUUGAAAAUGCUCUUGAGAACACUUCAAAUUCAGCUCGAAUCUCAUUUCCAUACCUUCUUUUCAAAGUUUGUUGUAACUUUUUGAUAAAGCUCGUCGUAUUGCCAAUGGUGCGGAUGGCUUCGAAUCGGCGCAAGCAGUUUCAUAUGUAAAUUUGGAGUACCUAAAAAAACCUGGCAUUAACAGGCUCAUAAAGAUCGACAACUGAAAGUUUGAAACGUCUUCUUCAUUCAAUCCGACUCCAUACUUCAUUCCAAAGGGAAAAUAAAGCAUAUCUGAUUCUUUUCUUUCAUCCAUCCGUUAUCUUCUUUUUGCCGCAGCUUGUGCAUUGGGAGGUAAUACUUAUACUAUGGAGGGUGCAAUUAUUAGAAGGGUUAUUCCAUCAGACAACAGUUGUCUCUUCAAUGCUGUUGGGUACACUUCAAAUUACUUGCCUACUCAUUCCUUUGUAAAGAUUAGGUAUGUUAUGGACCAUGAUAAACUCAAGGCUACUGAGCUAAGACAGGUUAUAGCUGCAACCGUAGCUAGUGAUCCAACAAGGUAUUCCGAAGCAUUUCUUGGAAAACCAAAUGAGGAGUACUGUUCUUGGAUUCUUGAUUCAGAGAAGUGGGGAGGUGCAAUCGAGCUUUCGAUACUAUCUGAGUAUUAUGGGCGUGAAAUAGCAGCAUAUGAUAUCCAGACAGCACGAUGUGAUUUAUACGGUCAGGAAAAGAGGUAUUCAGAAAGGGUUCUGCUGAUAUACGAUGGACUCCACUACGAUGCUUUAGUUAUGUCUCCAGCUGAGGAUGCUCCAGAGGAAUUUGAUCAGACCAUUUUUUCUGUGAAUAGAGACAGGACGAUCGGGCCGAUUGAGGAGCAAGCUCUUCAUUUUGUUAAAGAUCAACAAAGGAAAAGGAGAUUCACCGACACUGCCAACUUUACACUGCGCUGUGGGGUUUGCCAAAUUGGAGUCAUUGGCCAAGCGGAAGCUGUAGAACACGCAAAAGCCACUGGCCAUGUCAACUUUCAAGAGUAUAGAUGACACGAAGAAUGUUGGACAAAAUAAUCAAUCUGGUCGGUUUCAGCUUUACCGACUCACUUCUCCAGCUUGUUGAAUUGUUGUGGCAUUCUGGUUGUUAUAUGACCAUUUCAAAGUCUUGAUCACACAGGAAAGUGUAACAUUUACUGUUUAGAAUGUUGUGUAAUUGAUUAAAUCAUCAUAGAAUAAGAUGUGAUUUCUAUCCUUAUUUACACAUGGUGCAGAAUCAUUUUGCAUUGUGGUGUUUUUCCUCAAGUGACUGAGUUUCUUUUCUUCCUUUGUUGCCUCCUUGCUUGUCAAUAACAGUGAUAUUUCCCACAUAUAAUAUUCUUUUAUAAAAUUUACAAA